CUCCUUUUAGUAGGGAAGAGAGCCUUGCAUCAACCUGCAUCCGGUUCAUCCCGUCCUCCCCACCUCCCUAUCAAUCAACCCUCACAUCCUCCGCCAUGUUCGUCAGAAAGCGCGAUGGACGCCAGGAGCGUGUCCAGUUCGACAAGAUCACUGCCCGUGUCUCCAGGCUGUGUUACGGCCUGGACGUUGACCACGUUGACCCCGUCGCCAUCACCCAGAAGGUCAUCUCAGGUGUCUAUGGUGGUGUAACCACUGUCCAAUUAGACGAUCUCGCCGCAGAGACUGCUGCGUACAUGACCGUUACGCACCCCGACUACGCCAUCCUUGCGGCCCGCAUUGCCGUCUCCAACCUCCAUAAGCAGACUAAGAAGCAGUGGUCCGCUGUUGUCAGCGACCUCUACCACUAUGUCAACGAAAAGAACGGUCGAUUGUCGCCCAUGAUCUCCAAGGAGACCUAUGAGUGCGUCAUGCGACACAAGGAGGAGCUCGACUCCGCGAUUGUGUAUGACCGCGACUUCAACUACCAAUACUUCGGUUUCAAGACUCUGGAGCGAUCUUAUCUCCUCAAGAUUGACGGCAAGAUUGUUGAGCGACCGCAGCACAUGAUCAUGCGUGUGUCUGUUGGCAUCUGGGGCGAUGACAUUGAGCGUGUCCUGGAGACCUACAACCUCAUGUCCAGCAAGCUGUUUACCCAUGCUUCGCCCACCCUUUUCAACGCUGGUACCCCUCAGCCCCAGCUGUCUUCCUGCUUCCUGGUUGACAUGAAGGAGGAUAGCAUCGAGGGUAUCUAUGACACUCUCAAGACGUGUGCCAUGAUCUCCAAGAUGGCUGGCGGUAUCGGUCUCAACGCUCACCGUAUCCGUGCCACUGGCUCUUACAUUGCCGGUACCAACGGUACCUCCAACGGUGUCAUUCCCAUGCUCCGUGUCUUCAACAACACUGCUCGAUACGUCGACCAGGGUGGCAACAAGCGACCGGGUGCUUUCGCCAUCUACCUCGAGCCCUGGCACGCGGAUGUCUUCGAGUUCCUGGACCUGCGCAAGAACCACGGCAAGGAAGAGGUCCGCGCCCGCGAUCUUUUCCUAGCCCUUUGGAUCCCUGAUCUCUUCAUGAAGCGGGUUGAGAAGAACGGCGAUUGGACUCUGAUGUGCCCCAACGAGUGCCCUGGCCUUGCCGACUGCUACGGCGAGGAGUUCGAGGCCUUAUACGAGAAGUACGAGAAGCUUGGCAAGGGUCGCAAGACCAUGAAGGCUCAGAAGUUGUGGUACGCCAUCCUCGAGGCUCAAACUGAGACCGGCAACCCCUUCAUGCUGUACAAGGACGCAUGCAACCGCAAGAGCAACCAGAAGAACCUGGGCACCAUCCGCAGCUCCAACCUCUGCACUGAGAUCAUUGAGUACUGUGCCCCUGAUGAGGUCGCUGUCUGUAACCUUGCCUCCCUGGCUCUGCCUUCGUUUGUCGACUACAACGAGGGCUGCUACGACUUCAAGAAGCUGCACGAAGUCACCCAGGUCGUUGUCCGCAACUUGAACAAGAUCAUCGACGUCAACCACUACCCCGUCAUUGAGGCUCGCAACAGCAACAUGCGCCACAGACCCAUUGGCGUUGGUGUCCAGGGUCUUGCCGAUGCCUUCCUCGCUCUUCGCAUGCCCUUCGAGUCCCCUGAGGCUCGUGAGCUGAACAAGCAGAUAUUUGAGACCAUCUACCACGCUGCCCUGACUGCCUCCGUGCAGCUCGCCAAGGAGCAGGGCCCCUACUCCACCUUUAAGGGCUCUCCCGCUUCUGAGGGCAUCCUUCAGUUUGACAUGUGGAACGUGAAGCCCUCUGACCUUUGGGACUGGGAGACUCUCCGUGAGCAGGUCAAGGAGCAUGGCCUUCGCAACAGCUUGCUCCUCGCCCCCAUGCCUACGGCCAGUACUUCGCAGAUCCUAGGCAACAACGAAUGCUUUGAGCCCUAUACCUCAAACAUUUACCAGCGCCGUGUCCUGGCUGGUGAGUUCCAGGUUGUCAACCCCUGGCUCCUCAAGGACCUAGUCGAUAUGGGCUUGUGGUCUGAUGCCAUGAAGAACCGAAUCAUUGCCGAGGGUGGUUCCAUCCAGAACAUCCCCAACAUUCCCGCUGAUAUCAAGUCUCUGUACAAGACUGUGUGGGAGAUUUCCCAGCGUCAAGUCAUCCAGAUGUCUGCCGACCGAGGUGCCUUCAUUGAUCAGUCCCAGUCCCUCAACAUCCACAUGAAGGACCCUACCAUGGGUAAGAUUACCAGCAUGCACUUUGCUGGCUGGAAGCUCGGUCUCAAGACUGGCAUGUACUACCUACGCACCCAGGCUGCUGCCGCUCCCAUCCAGUUCACUGUUGAUCAGGAGGCACUUAAGGUUGCCGACAGCAACGUGGGACAGGCCCGAACCUUGAAGAAGCGAGCUCCUCCUUCCGGAACGAGCUACAUGUCCUCCCCAUCUGCGGUUCCCCGCGGCGUGGCUGCUGGCAGGAAGGACGGCGUCUCUGGCAACUCUCUCAACCCCAGCGGGAUGCCUACUCCUACCCCCACGCCUCCCCCGGGCAAGGCGCCUUCCAUGAAAGCCGAUGUCGAGGAGGGUGACAGCCCCAAGACUCUCCCGACUGAGCCCACCGAAAAGAUCAAGGAUGAGGAGCUGAGCCUCAAGAAGAGCAACCAAUCCGAGGACCAGGACGAGGACAGUGAGGAGCGUGAGCGCGACAUCUACUCGGAUGCUGUGCUGGCCUGUAAGUUGCCAAAAUCCCGUUUGAUAUGAGACGACAAACGCUAACCAGGUUUGACAGGCUCCAUUGAGAACCCUGAGUCCUGCGUUAUGUGCAGCGGUUAAGUCGCAAUAUGUUAUCCAGGCAGAGAAUGUGUAUAAUGAUGGUCGAUGAGAUGAACACGACGACAUGGGUCAGAAAGCAUGGUAUGAU